CUAGAAUUAGCCACAAUGCUUUCACAGAAGUCCGGGAAAGCAAAACUUGACGAUGUCACGAAGAUCCUCACCGACUUGAAGACCGACCUCGACACCCCAAAGCUUUCCACACAACAACGCAGACAACAGCUUGAGCAGCUCAAAGUCUACGGUCGAGAUCCCAAUAAUGCGGACCCCAUAUUCACACAAGACGGUCUACGGACACUAGGCCGCUAUGCAUUCAAGGAGAAGGACGUGGCCGUCUCACAAGAAGCUCUGAGAUGCAUAGCCAAUGCCUUCCUCCUCCAGCCAAAGGCACGCCAGAUCUUGGUUGAUCUAGGACAUGGUCCGGACGCAGCAGAGAGGCUCAAGAGUGAGAGCAUCGACGACGAGUUCCUGAUUUCACGCAUCCUCUUUCUCACGACCUACGGCGCAAACCUCGAUUACACAGAGCUAGUCAACGAGCACCACUUAGCAGACAACAUCAACGCCGCAAUGCAGCGACACGCGAACCGCUAUACCCAACCGCGACAACGAGCACAAGAGCACACAGCGCCAAUGGACCUAAUGGCAAUUUCAGAAACCCUCAAGCUCCUCUUCAACGUCACGCACUUUCACCCCGACCUAUCCCAGCACUUCACCACCUCAAUCCCCCACAUCUUCAAGAUCCUCACUCGCCGCGAUCCCCCCACGCAACCGCUCGACGCACCCGUCUCCUUCCUCAUCAACGCGCUCCUCAACCUCGUCCGCGAAGAAGGCACAGGCACCGCACAACAACCGCACGACCCUGAUCUCCACGCCGCCGUCUUCCCAUCCACCAACCCACCCAGCAACAUCACCCACCUGAUCGCUAUCCUCGACAGCUCCAUUCGCGUCUACCCCGCGGCCAAGCUGGACUCCACAAUCUCGCCGCUCCUCACCCUGCUACGACGAAUCUACGAACUCGCACCGACCGACGUGCAAACCGUCAUGCAAUCCAAACUGCUCCCCUCCGAUACAGACCGCGCCCAACCUCUCGGCAAGACAUCAUCUUUGCCAUCCCGGUUACUGAACCUCAGCACCAGCGCGCAAACCCCCGCGCUGCGCGACUCAAUCGCCGCAUUCAUGUACGAGCUCUCUUCCAAAGACCCAGCUACCUACGUUUCCAACGUCGGGUACGGGUACGCGUCUGGCUUCCUUUUGUCGAAGAACAUCCCCAUGCCUGAGAGCGCGAUCAAAGACGCUGGCGAAGGAAGCAGCAGUGGUGUGCCUGUGAACCCUAUCACAGGGCAGCGAUUGGAUACGGAGGACAAGGUUGAGAUGCCGGAGAUGACGCAAGAGGAAAAAGAGAGGGAGGCUGAGCGACUGUUUGUGCUGUUUGAGAGGUUGAAGAGGACGGGGGUUGUGAAUGUGCAGAAUCCGGUUGAGGAGGCGUUGAGGAGUGGGCGGAUUGAGGAGUUGAGUGAUUCUGAAUGAGGGAGGGAUCAGAUCUGUGUGCGCGUAUGUUGGCUCUUAAGUUGCAAGAAAGCCGGAUGCGAGCACACAUUACGGGUCUAAAGAAAUGGCGAGGUAUUGAAGAUAGAAUCUGGAGCUGUUUGCACGGUAAUACAAUUUCGAAGGACUACAACAAUUUUGCAAGCGUUGUAGGGCAUCUGUGGUUGUGCUGAAGGCCUCCAGAGAGGUCAAUAUUAGACGUUGUAGCUGGCGUUUUGCGAAACGUGAGAGGUUGUAU